AUGGCCAGUUGUGAAAGUUUACGAAGCUCAGAUCUCUAUUCAUUACGACAGGCGGAGAAGGUAGCGGUUACAUCAUGCGAACUCGAGUGGUAUCGUCUUCCGGAUAAGAAAGUACGUGGGAUCGUUUUAGUGAUGAUUAUGUCUAACAUGCCGAUUAAGAUCACUGUUGGCAAACUCUUGGUCCUUUCAGUCAGGACGUUCGGCGAGAGUCAGUUUCUCCUGCGAAUCCUCGGCGUCUGGCCUUUACUCGAGGGAGACCUGUCCGUUGUUGAAAUGAUAUUUAAGAUAUUUCUCAUAACUAUUUGCUGCGCCUUCGUGUGCGUCAUAGUCGUUCCUGGUUUUCUCUAUUGCCUGUUCUACACCGAAGAACAGCCGCAUGCCAAACUGACGCUGAUCGCCCCUCUCAUCUACUCGUUCAUCGCUCUCGCCAAAUACAGCACUUUGAUUAUCUACGAGGGCGAGAUCAGGAUUUGCUUGAGACAUGUAAAAGACGACUGGAAAUUCGUCGCGAUAUUAAACGCUAGGGACGUCAUGCUGGAAAAUGCGAAGAUAGGCAGGAAUAUGUUCACGGUCUGUUGCGCCAUGCUAUAUUGUGCUGGUCUGUCCUUCCACACAAUUGUGCCGUUAACGAAGGGAAAACUGUUUACCAACGACAAUGUCACGUUCCGGCCAUUGGCAUUCGCGAGUUAUUUCAUUUUAUUUGACGAACAGCGCAGCCCCGCUUACGAGAUUAUGACCCUGCUGCAGUUUUGCGGCGGAUUCAUCAUGUACUCCGUGACGAUCGUGAUAUACGGGCUUGCUGCGCUUCUCGUGAUGCACGCGUGUGCACAGAUGAAAAUCUUGAUGAUGUUGAUGAAGGAGCUUGUCGACGAGCGGACUUGUUCGUCGGAGAAAAACGUGGAGAAAAUGUUGUCGAUAGUCGUUGAGCGCCAAAUAAGAAUACGAAAUUUCCUGUAUCUGGUAGAAGACUCGUUGCAAAACAGUAGUUUGUUUGAGAUAUUGUGUUGCACCGUAAUGAUGUGUCUUGUAGGAUACUGUAUUCUCAUGGCAGAGGAAGCAGCUUGGAGAACGCAUAUGCUAGGGUGGUACCGUCUUCCAGACAGGAAAGCGCGUGACAUGAUGUUAAUAAUAAUUAUAUCGCAUAUUCCUUUAAAGAUUACAGCAGGAAAAUUUAUCGUCCUUUCUUUCAAAACCUUUGGUGAUGUAAGAGAAGUAUAUAUUGAUUCAUAA